CUCCUCCUCCCCCUUCUCCCUUCUCUCUGAUCGCGCGCUGCGGCGAGAGCUCGAGAGCGCAUCGCGGAAAAACCGAGAAGAAGGAGGGAAAGAAGAAGAGAAAGACGCGGAAAGGGUGGGGAAGGAAACAAAAAAGGAGGGAUGAAGAAGUUCCGGAAGGUGCUGGACGGCCUCACCACGUCGUCGCCCGCGAGUGCGGGCGGAUCUCCGUCGUGCGGGAGCGCGGCGGGAACCCCUACCGCGGCGCCCACCCCGCGCGAGCUGGACGUGCACGAGACGCUGCUCUCCGAGCACUUCCACAUCUGCAAGACCGUGCGUCAUGGUUUCCCCUACCAGCCCACUGCUCUGGCGUUUGAUCCCGUGCAGAAGAUUCUGGCGAUCGGCUCUCGCUCCGGAGGCGUGCGCAUUCUGGGUCGGCCAGGAGUGGACUGUUACUGUCAGCAUGAGAGCGGAGCAGCGGUACUGCAACUUCAGUUUCUCAUCAACGAGGGGGCGCUGGUCUCAGCCUGUGCGGACGACACUCUGCACCUCUGGAACCUGCGGCAGAGACGCCCAGCAAUACUGCACUCACUCAAAUUCAACAGAGAACGGAUCACGUUUUGCCAUCUUCCGUUCCAGAGCAAAUGGCUUUACGUUGGAACGGAGCGAGGAAACACACACAUCGUCAACGUCGAGUCCUUCAUCUUGUCCGGAUACGUCAUUAUGUGGAACAAGGCCAUAGAACUAUCAACAAAGACACAUCCAGGGCCAGUGGUCCACUUGAGUGACAGCCCAAAAGAUGAAGGGAAGUUGCUGAUUGGUUUUGAAAGCGGCACCAUCGUAAUGUGGGACCUCAGAUCCAAACGAGCCGACUUCAGAAUCUACUAUGAUGAGGCGAUUCACUCAGUGAGUUGGCAUCAUGAAGGUCGUCAGUUCAUGUGCAGUCACUCUGAUGGAAGUUUAAGCAUGUGGAACCUGAGGAACACAGCCAAACCCUUCCAGGUCACCUUCCCUCAUGGUAAAUCUCAAAGAGACGGCAGGAAAGAAUCAUGUAAACCAAUUCUUAAAGUGGAGUACAAGACCUGCAGAAACAGUGAGCCCUUUGUGAUCUUCUCUGGAGGUCUGUCGUACGAUAAAGCUGGACGCAGACCCACUCUGACCAUCAUGCACGGAAAGGCCAUCACGGUGCUGGAGAUGGACCACCCAAUCGUGGAGUUCACUGUGCUGUGUGAAACGCCGUAUCUCAACGAGGUGCAGGAGCCGUACGCUGUGGUGGUGCUGUUGGAGAAAGAUUUCAUUGUAGUGGAUCUCACACAGAGCAAUUUCCCCAUCUUUGAGAACCCUUAUCCCAUGGACGUCCACGAGUCUCCGGUCACCUGCACGGUUUACUUUGCUGACUGCCCACCUGACAUCAUCCCUGUGCUCUACUCCAUUGGGGCAAAGCACAAAAAGACCGGCUACAGCCACAAGGAGUGGCCUGUUAGUGGAGGGACGUGGACAAUCGGCUCUCAGACGUAUCCCGAGAUCAUUAUAACAGGACACGCAGACGGAUCGAUAAAGUUUUGGGACGCCACAGCCAUCACGCUGCAGAUGCUCUAUAAGCUGAAGACGUCAAAGGUGUUUGAGAAGCCGAAGGGCGGAGAGGUGGGCCGCAGUGCGGAGCUGGUGGAGGAAGACCCCUACGCCGUCCAGAUGGUCAGCUGGUGCCCUCAGAGCCGCGUCUUCUGCGUGGUGGGAAUCAGCGCCCACGUCAUCCUGUACCGCUUCAGCAAACACGACGCCAACACCAGCAUCACGUCUCUGGAGGUGCGUCUGCAGUGUGAGAUGGAGGACGUAAUCUCCCCGUCGGACACAGAGAACACGGUGUGUGUGACGGACCUGGGCGGUCACUCGCCCCAGCCGCAGCCCUCCAGCCCACGCAGCAGCACGCCGGACAGUGUGAGGGACAGCAUCCCCUGCCUCAGGGUAAAGGACCGUGUGAUACGGAUGCCCCCCGGUUACCAGGCGGAGCUUGUGGUGCAGUUGUUAUGGGUGGAUGGAGAGCCGCCUCAGCAAAUCACCAGCCUGGAUUUAAACUCCGCCUAUGGACUUCUGGCUGUAGGUAACUGUAACGGUCUGGCGGUGGUGGAUUAUCUACAGAAGACAGUGAUCCUGUGUAUGAGCACCGUGGAGCUUUACGGCUCAGCCGAUCCCUUCCAGCGCCUCACACGUUCUCCGCGCAAGAACCGCCAGUCCACAUCAGACUUUUGCAUGCGUGGCCUGUCUAACUUUUAUUCCGAUUCAAAGAAAAGGAUCCGUACCUCCUACCAGAGCCUUACGGAACUUUCAGACAACCAGGUGUCUCUGGACCUGGAGAGGAGCAAGUCACCCACCUCAGUGCCGUAUCCUUCCUCUCUCCACAAUGAGCCUCGGGGCACGGCGGAGCCCGUGUCCAACCUGCGCGCCAGCCAUUACAGUCCAGUCUUUUAUCUUCUGGACAAUGUAAAGGGACCAGGCAGAAAGUUAAGUCUACCCACUGAUCUUAAGACUGAUCUUGAUCAUGUGAAUGGACAUUGCACUAGCCCGACCUCCCAGCCCUGCGUGCCCGGGAGGCCCCGUGUCCCUGGGGGCCCCGAGGGGCCGCGCCUCAGCCGCAGGGGGCCCGGCCGACCGCCCUUCCGCAAGGCCCAGUCCGCCGCAUGCAUGGAGGUCUCUUUGCCUGUGUCCUCCCUCACCGAAGGUUAUGCGUCCAGGCGGGCCAUGCUGCAGCAGCUGCAUGGUGUCACUAUGUACUCACACGAUGAGCACCAUACCACCACCUACUCCUGGAACGAGAGAGAGAGUCGGGAGAACUCGUUCAGCCGUUCGCGGAGCUCCAGCGUCUCCAGUAUAGAUCGGGACACCAAAGAGGCGGUGACGACUCUGCAGUUUGCUGAGUCCUACGGCCGCAAGUCGGACACGCUGCCCACGCCGUGCCUGUGGGUGGGCACUAGUUUGGGCUUGGUGCUGCUUGUGCCCAUGUCCAUCCCCACUGACGAGCAGGAGAGGAUGGAGGAGCCCAUCACUGUGGCACCCACCGGCACAGUCCUGAUGCUGAAAGGUUCCGUCCUGCGGUUCGGUUUCCUGGACUGUUCAGGUGGUCUGAUCCAAAGUCCGUACGAGGUGUGGCGAGAUCUAAACGCCCCUGAAGACCCUGAGCGGCCCCGCCGGCGCAAGCUGGUCAACUUCUCACCCUGUUCUUCGCAGGACACCGCCAGUGAUGGCCACCUGGCCGUGGUUUGCUCCGAGCGUCAGGCCAAGGUCUUCCUGAUGCCUUCUCAAGCCUGUCUGUACGUGCACAACAUCACCGAGUCGUCUUUCGUGCUGCGGGCCGACGUGGUGGGCGUCUCCAACAGCGUGUGCCUGGCCUGCUUCUGUGCCAACGGACACAUCAUGAUCCUCAGCCUGCCCAGUUUACGGCCCCUGUUGGACGUGAACUACCUGCCGCUAACGGACAUGCGCAUUGCUAGAACGUUCUGUUUCACUAACGGAGGGCAGGCCCUCUACCUGAGCUCACCCACAGAGAUCCAGCGCAUCACCUACAGCCAGGAGAUGUGUGACAAUCUGCAGGAGAUGCUGGGGGAGCUUUUCACGCCCAUAGAGACCCCUGAGGCGCAGAACCGAGGCUUCCUGAAGGGCUUUUUUGGGGGCAACGCCCAGACGUUUGAUCGUGAAGAGCUCUUUGGUGAGGCGGCAGCGGGGAAGGCCUCUCGGAGCCUUGCUCAGCACAUCCCAGGCCAGGGCAGCGUGGAGGGUGUGCGGGCGGCCGCCGGCGGCGCGGUGGGUGACCUGGCCCGUGCCCGUAUCGCCCUGGACGAGAGAGGUCAGAGACUGGGUGAGUUGGAGGAGAGGACGGCUCUCAUGAUGGCCAGUGCUGAGACCUUCUCCAAACAUGCCCACGAGCUAAUGCUGAAAUGCAAGGACAAGAAGUGGUAUCAGUUUUAGAGGGCUCUGGACGAAGGUUAAUUCCGCCCUCCGGCCUCAAGAGGGCACUACUCUGGGACAUGGACCUUCACUCUUGAACAGAGAGAUAGAGAGGUUUACAGAGGGACUGAGGGCUGCUCCACCUCUUUCUGGGCUACGUGUACAGGACUACGUUCUCUAUCGGACCGGCUCCACAGACGCAGGACAGAAUACGAUGGACACGUACCAUUAGCGCAUUAGCGUCGACGAGGGUCCUCCCCUCAUAAGUUGUGGAUUAGACCAUCUUUGUUCAUGUACAGGGGU